CAAGUUAAUAUGUGUACUAUUGCAGAGGAAGGCAUUGGUAAGGUUAUUGCACACGAUAAGACUGGCAACGUACUGAGGGAUACAAUUUUUUCAAUAUCCGACACGGAAGAAGGAUUGCGACUGGGCCGAACGAAGUCAGGCCCAUUUUCUAUUCGUUUCCGGCAGGGUGAAGGUAUUGUAUAUACCCCAUCUCGACAACUACAGCCAGGAUCUAUACACUAUCUUCGAGUUCGAGCACAUUCACAAUCCAGCAAUCAUCCAGACUCACAUUUCAUGUUGAUAAUCUCCACUGGCAUGUAUCCAUUCUAA